ACAGGAUGUUGGUAUUGGUAUUAGGAGAUCUGCACAUCCCACACCGCUGUAACAGUUUGCCAGCUAAAUUCAAAAAACACCUAGUGCCAGGAAAGAUUCAACACAUUCUUUGCACUGGAAACCUUUGCACCAAAGAGAGUUAUGACUAUCUCAAGACUUUGGCUGGUGAUGUUCACAUUGUGAGAGGAGACUUUGAUGAGAAUCUGAAUUAUCCAGAACAAAAAGUUGUGACUGUGGGACAGUUCAAAAUUAGUUUGAUCCAUGGACAUCAAGUUAUUCCGUGGGGAGAUAAGGGCAGUUUAGCCCUUUUGCAGAGGCAGUUUGAUGUGGACAUUCUUAUCUCAGGACACACACACAAAUUUGAAGCAUUUGAGCAUGAAAAGAAAUUCUACAUCAACCCAGGUUCUGCCACUGGGGCAUAUAAUUCCUUGGAAACAAGUAUUAUUCCAUCCUUUGUGUUGAUGGACAUCCAAGCUUCCACAGUGGUCACUUAUGUCUAUCAGCUAAUUGGAGAUGAUGUGAAAGUAGAACGAAUCAAAUACAAAAAAAUUUUAAACCAGAACUAUUCCUCGGGCCCCAUCUUUGCUUAG